UGCAGUCACUAUACCCAUUUAUUUAACAACGCUGACAGAAAAAUUACGUACACUUCUUACCACGGUUAUUGUGACAGUGGAAUCGGACCUGGAUGGUUUCGUUUUGAGGGCUCAGCAGGCAUAAGAAUGCCAACUUCAUAUCAACCAACUAACAGAUGUGGGACUCACAUUACAAACUGGACUCUGGUGGACACCCCUCAGUAGCAGAUGGUCAGGUCAGCAGGACGGUGUGUUUUCAUUGGACUGCAGGUUGUUGUGAAUUUUCAACAAACAUCAAAGUGAGACGGCAUUGUGGUUCUUAUUAUGUGUACUUUCUUAAUGGCAUACCUACUUGCUAUAGCAGUUAUUGUAGAAUUGAUUAA